AUGGCUGAUGCAAUAGAUCGAACCGAUUCUGCUGCGUAUAGUUGUUCAGCGUCUUCAAAAGAUGCUGCUACGCCAUCACCAACCUACUUAUCACCUGCUGCUCUGCACAUACCAGAGAAUAUUGUUGCAUAUCUGCAAUUGAAAGAUAAAGAUUCUGCUAAGAAAGAUCAAAUUAUUUCCGAUUUGCUUCGUAAUGGUCGUCAAGCUCUAUUCAAGUAUCGAAAUGAAGUACCGUCAGAAAUUUUUUCUGCUGAGCAAAAUUAUUCAACAUCAGAAGAGGAUACUCUUCUAAUGCGAUUGAUCAAGCAAAGCCAUUGGGAGACAUGGGAAAUAUACCUAUUGAAUCACCAGAUUAUCCUCAGCUAUAUCAAUAAAGUUAAAGAGGAAAAUCUUGAUCAUUUUAAUAGUGUUCUAACACGGAUAGCUGAAUAUGGAAUCCCGUGUACAACUUCAUCCUCAAUUAUACUCUGUGUUGUUCUGCUCAUGCUAUUUGAAAGUAUUGAAGAUGAGUGUCUGAUAAAAUCACAGACGUUCAGUGAUCUUUGGAAUUAUAUAACAAGAGAAGGUAUUCAAAGUAUUAAAACAUUUUCUGAUUUUAUUGCUGAAGAAGAAAGAGAAAAUCAAAUCACCGAUGAACAGUCACCACUCUAUUUAGCAUUAAGGAUUUAUAAUGAAGAAGAAAUACCAAAGCUUUUAAAACAAUAUCGAAUUGCUGACACAAGAAAUGUUUAUAGUUUAGCAGCUGAUAAUGUCACAAAAAAUGGUCUGUUAAAAGGGAUUGAAUCAGUUCAAAAGAAAAUUCCAAAGAAAAAAUAUGAUCUCUUGAUGGAAGCAGCAAUUAGAAUUACAAGUGAAAAGCCACCACUCGUUACCACUGAAACGCCAUCACCUGGAGCAGUAGCAGGAUUAAGUGCGAGAAAAAAGAUUGCAUUUUAA